UCCAAUUUAAUAUGCAAUAUUCGAACAAAUGAUAUAUUUUCAACCCCUUCCACAAACUUUUUAGACCAAAAUUCCCCCCCCCCCCUAAAACACACACACAUUUGCAAAGAGAUACUAAAUCUCAGUAACUUUACUUGCUUCUAAAGUUAUUGUUAACGUUCUAUUAUCAUUGUUCCAAGAUUAUGAAAGACUGAGUGGACAAAAGGUUAACCUUUCCAAAUCGGCAGUACUUUUUAGUAAAAAUACUAAGGGAGAAGAUGCGAGUCUCAUGGGCUCACAGUUGGGAGUUGGCGCUAUAGGAGAACAGGAUUCUUAUUUGGGUCUUCCUUCCUUAAUUCCAAGAACCAAAAAGGAUACAUUCCUGUAUAUUGAGGAGAAGAUGGACAAAAAGUUGCAAGGUUGGAAACAACGUACCCUGUCCAAAGCAGCUAAGGACACUCUAAUCAGAACCUCGGCCACUAAUAUACCAGUUCAUGGUAUGAUGUGCUUUAAAUUCCCAAUGGAUACGUGUAGACGUUUAAAUGGCCUCUUGGCAAGGUUUUGGUGGGGUUCUGCUACUAAUUUUGAUCAUCCAAUCCAUUGGGUGUCAUGGAAAGGUCUCGCCCAAAGUAAAGUUUCAUGGAGGAUUAGGGUUUAGGGACUUUAGGGCUUUUAAUCAAGCUCUUUUAGCUAAGCUAUGUUGGCGUAUUUGGUCGAAUCCUAAUUCUCUCAUUAGCCGAUUGUAUAAAGGAAGAUAUUUCAAUGAAAAUACGAUUUUGGAAGCAACCAUAGGUUCUAAUCCAUCCUGGGGAUGGAGAAGUAUUCUUUAUGGGCGAGAACUACUCGUGCAAGGCUUACGAUGGCAAGUAGGUGAUGGAAACAAUAUAAGAACAUUCAAAGAUAAUUGGUUAUUAGCAGAUAAGCCUUGUCCUCCUGAGCUGAGGCGGCAAGAGGAUAUUUUCAAUCCAAGGGUUUCCUUUUUCAUCAGAGAAGACCUACGGGAAUGGCACAUCCCUAGAUUAAGGUACUGGUUCCAAGAAAAGUCGGUUGAUCUCAUUCGUAAUUUGGUAGUUCCCUUACUUCCACAACAAGACAAAUUAAUUUGGCACUUUACCAAAAACGGAACUUAUUCGGUAAAAACAGGUUAUCAUCUUGCCCUGGAUAAUAUUUUAAAUCUUAGCCAAAAAUCGAUGGCCUCCAUCAUUGACCCUCCUAUUUGGAAAGGAAUGUGGGCUCUUGAUGUUCCACCAAAGCUUAAGUUCUUUAUAUGGCAAUGUCUGAAAGUUAUUUUGCCAACUACGACGGCUCUUAGGUCCCGAGGAAUUAACUGUCAAGUUCGUUGUCCGGUUUGUUGGGAUAGUCAAGAGACUAUUGAACACCUUUUUUUCCAUUGUCCUCCUGCUCUUCACCUCUGGAAUAUGGUGGGAUUAAACAAUUUACUUCUCUCCGCCCCAAUCGAAAACUUCGGUAUCUGGUGGCGACAUGUUAUGAAAACGGAAAACUUCCAAAUCCACUAUCUCCCUUGCAUUUGCCUUCUUUGGAGAAUUUGGAAAUCUAGAAAUAAAGUGGUCUUUGAAUUUACUCAACCACUAGCCACCUUGCUUGCCCGCCAAUUUUUCUUCCAAGUCCAAGAAUAUGCUUCAGUGUCUUCCCUCCCACAGAUCUUGUCUCCCCGCCCUCAGCCCUCUCGCAUCUCCAGUUGGCUUGGUCCUCCCGACGGUUUUAUCAAGAACAAUUUCGAUGCCGCUGUUCGUGUUCCGGGUUGCUCGUCAGGUCUCGUCGUUCGAGGAUCAGAGGGGCAAGUUUUUUUGGCAUUGGGAUUCCACCAUCCAGGAGUCUCGGAUCCCUAUCUUGCAGAACUGAUGGCCGCCAGAGACGCCAUCUCUUUAGUUCACUCUCGCAGUCUUCCUCUGGCCAUCAUUGAAGGUGAUUCUGAAGUAGUUAUCCGGCAACUUGAUGGUAGAUGCUGUGAAGACUCGAUGGGCGGGCCUUUGCUUUGUGAUUGUUUCCAGUUAUUGAGCUCUUGUUCUUCUUGUAUUCGCUUUUGCUCGGUCCCGAGGACUGUCAACUGGGCUGCCCAUAGAGUGGCAAGACAAGCCCUGCUGCUGUCCCCUGUAGAGAUAGCGUCCUUCGAUUUUGUAGGGUGGCUUCAUUAAUUGUCUUUUUGGGGUUUUAGGUAGAAGAUUUAACUAUUGUACUUUGGCAUUACUUGGAAAAAAAAAGUUAUUGUUAACGUUAUUUGUUAUUACUGCAGGCUGUGAAAAAGACAUUUCAACUCUGAAGUUAAUCAAGAAUGAGUUUAUAAAUGAGUGUUUAUUUGUAUAAAUUGGAAAAGGUUUGAGUCUCAAAAUAAAUAAUGAAUGUAUUUUAUAAACCUUUUGAAAUAUGAGUCGUCACAUGUUGUUGUGAAAACUACUCAUUAAUUGAAAUUUUAAAUGUUAUUUUAGAAUUUUUUAUUUUAUUUUUAUCAAAUGACGCAUUUCUCCAUAAAACAUGAGUUCACCAAUAUAGAGUGUGUGGUGCUCGGACUUGUGCGCGAGCCCUUGAAGUUUAACGUUUAGCAGUUAACCAGGCUAAAAUUUUAGAGAACCAUUCACCUGUCGUUUGUACAAAAUAUUAUUGCUUCGUAGUAGUUUUGAAUAUUUAUAUUAAUUUUUAGAAUUCUACAUGGUUUUUGCAUAUUCAAUGCUACAAUUUGAUAUGCAUUAUUUCAAGCAAUGAAAUUUGGGUUGGAAUUUUAAGAUUAUCUGAAAUUGUAUAGGUUAUAAAAAAUUAUAAAUCACGUAUUAAACUUUGAUUUUCAGAAGAUUUAAUAGGCUAGCUAACCGUGAUGGAAAAGCCAUCUGCUUUUCAAAUCUUCACUUAGUGUAUGUUUACAAUUCAAGUAGAUAAAAUAAAUUUGUUUAGUGUAAUUGGUUGUGAUUAUUGUUUUUGUUUGAAGAGACCAUGGUUCAAAUCUUGAUAUUAAUACUUUUUAUAUGAAGUAGAUAAAUGAUUGUGAUGACAAACUUACUCUUCUUACUUUCACUCUCAAUUCACAAAAUUUCAAAUGAAAAAUCUUAAAACAU